UCUACUCGCAUUCGCAUAUAUCAGAAAAAACCAAAUUAAUAUUUAUUAAAAAGAAAAAAGAAGAAGAAAUUUGUUGGGUCCGUUCGAGUUUCAUUCCUGGACGUCACAGAGUCUCCCUUUCUCUCUAGUCUCUGCUACUGCUUUAUUUUUCAUCUCGAUACUUAGCUGAUUAAAUGGAUGAGCAAGUGGGAAAAGCAAAGCCAGCAGUUUCUUUUGAGUAUGAGCUCUUUGAGGGGGACCCUGAUCACCUAAGAACUGUUGUAGCUACACUCACGCCUACACUCACUCCAACUAGUCCGUGGAUCGAUCCUGCCUCACUCAACUUUAAGUACCGAAUUGGGCGAGGUCCCUUUGGUGAUGUUUGGUUAGCAACUCGUCAUCAGUCUGCAGAGGAUUACGAAGAAUAUCAUGAGGUAGCUGUUAAGAUGCUCCAUCCUUUGAAGGAAGACGACAGACAGGAGUUUGUCCGCAAGUUUGAAAGGUUAUUUUUCAAGUUCCGCAGAGUCUAUGGGGUUGGUUGGCUUCAUGGUAUCUCCAUUGUUGAUGGGAAGAUCUGCAUUGCUAUGAAAUUUUAUGAGGGAUCAAUUGGCGAUCGAGUUGCUCAGAUGAAGGGUGGCAAGCUUCAACUUUCUGAUGUCUUAAGGUACGGAAUUGAGUUGGCGAAAGGAAUUCUAGACUUGCACUCACUAGGGCUUCUGGUGCUAAACCUGAAACCUUCCAAUUUCCUUUUAGAUGAACAUGACCAGGCGGUCCUAGGAGAUUUUGGGAUUCCAUAUCUACUUCUUGGGAUUUCAUUGUCUAAUUCAGAUAUGGUUCUUAGACUUGGCACCCCAAACUACAUGGCUCCAGAACAGUGGGAACCAGAAGUGAGAGGCCCUGUAUCCUUCGAAACGGAUGCAUGGGGCUUUGGUUGUUGCUUUGUUGAGAUGUUGACUGGUGUUCAACCUUGGUUUGGGAGGUCAAUUGAAGAAAUUUAUCAUUCAGUUGUGAUCAAGCAAGAAAAGCCACCUGUUCCAAAUGGUUUGCCUCCUGCACUUGAGAAUGUCAUAAAUGGUUGCUUUGAGUACGAUUUCCGCAAUCGGCCUUCAAUGGAAGAUAUCAUACACGCUUUUGAAAGCUCACAAAAUGAUGCUCAAAGUGAUGGAGAAUGGCUUGGUUUAGGAAGCAGUACACCUGCUGCAAAAUUUAGUAGCAGUGGUUAUACUACAUGGUAUCUCUUGAAAGAUCGUCUCCAGGUUGGAGACAUAGUUCGCUCAAGGAAGCCCCUGAAUGCACGCAAGCCUCAAGCUAUGGAUGUCCCUGAAGGAAGUGUUACUGGUCUGGAGACUGAUUCCGAUAGAGAUGGUUUUGCCCUGGUGAAGAUCCCUGGAGAACGCAACCCUGUAAGAGUACUGGUGUCAACAGUUGAGAGAGUCACAUCUGGCUUCGCAGUGGGUGAUUGGGUGAGCUUGAGGGGUGAAUGCAGGAAGCACUCUCCUGUUGGAAUUCUUCAUUCCAUACAGCGUGAUGGAAGUGUUGCAGUUGGAUUUAUUGGGUUAGAGACUCUAUGGAGAGGAAAGUCAUCUGACCUUCAAAUGGCUGAUGCAUAUUAUGUGGGAGAGUUUGUGAGGCUCAAGGCAAACGUGCUCUCUCCCAGAUUUGAGUGGCCUCGCAAGAAUGGAGGAGCAUGGACAACGGGACGGAUCUCACAAGUCCUUCCAAAUGGUUGUCUGGUUGUGAGGUUCCCUGGAAGGCUGGUAUUGGGAGACGAAUCUAAUAGCUUCUUGGCAGAUCCAGCUGAAGUAGAACUAGUGUCCUUCGAUACCUGUCCUGGGGUGGUCCAAAAGUAUCAACAUAUUGAGGAUUUUCACUGGGCAGUAAGGCCUCUCACAAUUGCAUUUGGUCUAUUUACAGCCAUGAAGAUCAGCUUAUUUGUUGGACGAAACGUAAGUGCAAAGCUGAAGGGUCGAAGAAACUCAAUGCGGAGGGAUGGGAAUAGUCAGGAUGGUCAGAGUGGUGGCAAUACAGCUUGGCUUCCUCCACCGGUUGUGAAUCUUUUCAAAGAAGGUGUUUCUACUGCUAGUGCUAGGUAGUUUACUGUUGUCAUCUGGGCAUGGGUAAGUUUGCUGAAACCUAUCCAUAGCAAAGAUGAACUCAGGCCAAAAUGUACUCAUAAUCCGAGCGCAUAUGGGGUGAGACUGAAAAGUGAACUUUGAUGGUCGAAAAGAUCCGAAAGCUGUUUCGGAACAAAAGAAAAAAAUCUGUUUGUAAUUAGAAGGAUGAUGCAAUAUGUAUAUAUAAAGAAUCUGCCAUUGCUACUUGCUUUCAGUGUAAAUAAAUAUAUAUCUAAUGUUCUGUGGAAAUUCUCCCUC